GGUGGACGGACGGCGGCUGUCGAAGAUCCCCUCGGGCUCGCGGGCGAAUUCCUUUGCCCGGUCGCAACAGAACCUGCGGAUCCGACAGAGCAGCUAUAUCCACUCGCGCCCAACCUCCCAGGUCAACUCGCGGGUCAACUCCCGGGUCAAUUCGCGUCGGAACAGUUUUUCGCAGCAGGUCAUCACGCAAUGAAUCUUGUGACUCGUCGCAAGACGACACGUGCUAGCCACGACUCAUGAAAUUCCGAUACCCUAAUUCGCCGUCGAGUUUUCGCAUCCGUAGGGCCGAAUCCGCGUGGUGCUCCGUGUUGGGCCGCCAGCUAUCGUCUGGCAUGUGCUUUUGUUUCUUUGCUUUUUCCUUAUGGCGUCUGGAAUGCGAAGCUGGCGGGAUGGACUGGCGGGAUGGACUGCGCUCUUCGUCUCAUCUCAGAUGGCCGGGCCAGCGGGGGCCGGUCGCUGGCAUUUGGACGCGACCAUUGUUUCAAUUCAAACUAUACACAUUUCUUCUGUACUUUGUUUCUUUCUCCCUGUGGUGCUUGUGUGGUGUAGUGUGGUUUUACAUCCCGUGUAGGAGCGAGACUUUGCUGGUCUGAUUGACCGUGGAGAUAAAUUCAAGUUUGGAUCCUGUAUUAUGUCACCGAAUAGAUUGAUCGAGACUA